UUUCUAAGGCCAUCAUUCGUGGUUUGUGAUUAGCGAUUUAGUGGAAAAAGAUAGCAAAAAAUAGACAUUUUUGUAUAGGAAAGUUGUUUAAUUUCUUAUUUUUCAAAGAUGUCCCGACACACUGACAGGCCUAGCCAGGCGCAAACAUACAAAUUGGUGGUAGUCGGCGGAGGUGGUGUCGGCAAAAGUGCGAUCACAAUACAGUUCAUUCAGAGUUAUUUUGUGACCGACUACGACCCCACGAUCGAGGACAGCUACACCAAGCAAUGUGUUAUCGACGAUAUACCCGCCAAGCUAGACAUCCUGGACACAGCGGGCCAGGAGGAGUUUAGCGCGAUGCGCGAACAGUACAUGCGCUCGGGCGAGGGGUUCCUGCUGGUGUUCAGCGUCGCCGACCACGCCAGCUUCGAUGAGCUGCUGAAGUUCCACAAGCAGAUACUCCGCGUGAAGGACCGGUACGAGUUCCCCAUGCUGCUGGUGGGGAACAAGGCGGAUCUGAAGGAGCAGAGAGUGGUGACCUUAGAAAAAGCUCAGAGUCUCUCCAGACAGCUGAAGGUUCCCUACAUCGAGUGCAGCGCCAAGGCCAGAAUGAACGUGGACCAGGCAUUCCACGAGCUAGUCCGCCUCAUCAGGAGAUUUCAGGAGGCCGAGAGAGUCCAUUACAAAGCUGAGCAUCGGAACAAGAAGAGACGAUGCACCAUCCUGUAACCGGGUAAUGUUUGGGCAGUCUUAUUGUGAAGUGACAGAUGUAUGAAGAUGUGGUAUAGAUAAAUAUGAUUUGGCAUAGGUCAUGCAGUUUAUAAUUGCUGAGGAAUACCGGAGAUCUGUAUGUGUAUGUGUGUUGCCGUAACACGUAGAUAAAAGUCAUACACACUGUGAGAUCGCUUAAGGGAUGUUUCAAUAGCUAUUAUUAAAAUAUCAUCAUGAUGAUAAAGAUGAUCAUUGAUCACUUUCACGCCUCGCCCCCCAAAGAAAACACCCAACAAUUUCUGCCAAGCUAUCUUAAAAUUGUGCAUGAACUAUACAACGUUGAGGUGUUCAAAUCAAUUUACCUAUAGAUAACGGCCACAAUCCUAACGUCUUUCGGCGUUUCUCAUACAUCGUCUGUCGCAUUCAUAUGAGGUGCCGAAGGCAAUUCACAACAUGGUUAUAAUGUAGGUGAGAAUGCGUUUGGAUACAUUAAUAUUAUAUGGUUUUGUUGAAAUUAAUACAAUUAGAAACUCUGGUUUUUAAUCACAGUUUGUUAAUAAUUGUAAAUUCUCUCCUAGCAAAUCAAAAAAAGAUUCGGAAUGUUACAGAGUGAUUAAAAGUCAGAGUAGCAUUUGUCAUCUAUACAGAGGACACUUAUGUUUCUAUGUAAUUGUGCCAAAAUGUUUGCAUUCAAGGAUUUUGUAAUUUGAAUGAAAAAUAUUUUUUACUAAAAUUUUUGCAAAAAUCUGUUGGGAGUAUCCAAACGCGAGGGAACUGUCAAAGUGACAGUGACAUAAGAUGGUGCUUUUCUACUGAGGGUAAAUUCUCGUGUUCAAUUCGCUGAGUGGUUUCAGUCCCGGUAUUGUGUCUCGCUCAAACACGAUUAAGAGCGAAGUCACACAUUGCUUCGUUGCGCUGCAUGAGCGUCGUCACAACAGCGUUAUGUCACCGCAGCGUCGACGCAACAGCGUUGUGUCACCGCAGCGUCGACGCAACAGCGUUGUGUCACCGCAGCGUCGACGCAACAGCGUUGUGUCGGCGCAACAGCGGUUUGCAGCGUUGUUUCACCGCAGUUCACCGCAGUUCGUCACAACAGCGUUGUGUCACCGCAGCGUUGACGCUCAAUGCAAUGUAGCUUCGAUCUUAAUCGAAUUUAGUUGGGACUGAAGCCGUAAUGUGUGUAGAGCUAAUGGGAAUUGGUCCUCAAAUGUUUUUUUGCAGGUUUCCGAUGGGUUGUAUUUAUUUCGUAACACUGAUGCGAUUCGAUUUUUAUAAAAUAUACCACCUCUAUGUAAUUUAAGAACAGUUUUUUUACAAGCGCAUAUAUAUACUAUAUUUUUAUAUGUAACUAUACAAAACUCCUUUGUAUUGUUUUAUUUAUACAAUAAUUUAUACCUUUUUAUAGGUGUUUUUAUGAGUUUUCGUUGCAAUAAUGUAGUUUGAAACAUAUCCGCCAUAUACGAUUUUUCCGAUAUACUUACUGUAAUCUUAGUCAUAAAAACCAAAGAAGAAUCCUCUUCUUUCGAUGUCUACUCGUUUGAUUCUCUUUCUCUGGCGUUCUUUCUAUUGCUGUCUCUUCAUGUCGGCCAAUGAUGGGCAUACAAGCGGUCACGGACCAGAAAAAGGGUUUAUUGGAUAUUAUCACCCAUGAUCGACAGCUUAGCAAUAAUAUAUUAUUGCUAAGCUGUCGAUAUUGCCCAACGAGGAAAAACCCCUUUACAAAAAAAAACAGCUAAUACCGUACUUGUGUUUCAAAAUUUUUAAAAAUUGUACGAACAUGAUUCCACAAACCAAAUACUAAUUCGUUUAAUAUUUACUUGUAAGCUAAUAUGUAAUAAGUUCUAGCGAUGUAAUGAAAUAAAGCAUAAUAUUAACUUAUAUUGAGUGCUAGAUAAUUCAUUGAUCAUUAAAAAUAUGUAUUCUUUACUAUAGGAGGAAACCCAAAACGAAAAGUAAGUAGGUGGCGCUAUAAUCGCUAUUGUAAUUGAUUCUAUAAAAUAUAACCAAAAAAAUACAGAAAGAAACUUGUUAAGGAUGGCUCAAGGAGCGAAAAGAACUUUGUGGCAGAAAAUUUUGCAUUUUUACGUAUUUUUUCAUACAAUUUUAUAGCACAAAUUCAAACGGUCAGAUUUGAAAAAAAAAAUAUUUUGGGUACCAAUUUUGUAUUUUUGUAUGAUUUCUUUUCUACUUCUUAUUCUAAUAAAUCUUGAUCAAUGAAAUAUUUAGCCCUACAUUGUAAACAUUAAGUUGAAACAUAAAAUUGUGUUCAAUUUUUUACUCUUGAUAAUAAAAAUGCGCCGUAUAAACGCACAGAUAAUAAUAGCGAGUAAUAUUAAAGCUGCCGUCUUCUGCAUCGAAAUUAGACCGUAUGAAAUGUGAGCAUUUCGUGUAUUUAUUAAUAAAAUUCAUCAGCAUUGAUAAACUACUAAAAGGGAAGUUUCAAUUCGACCGUAUAAUUUUUUUGUUUGUUCGCGGUCAACUUUGCCGUUUGUGAACAGAUUUUGAUUAUUCUUUUUUUGUUAGAAAGAGUAUACUUCACAUGUGGUUCCGUGAUAAGGAAAUGCUGUUUGGUGUCGUUAUUUUUUGUUAAUAUUAUGUUAUGUUGAUACAGCGUACUGAAAGUGCGAGCCGAUUCCGUUGCAGAGGCGCAGCUUUAGGUUCAUUAUUUAAUUAGUGUAAGCCGUAAGGUAAUAGGCAACAGUAUUCUUGUGUUGUGACAUUAGCUUUUGUUGAUUUGUUUAUGAUUAAGAUUAUUUUUUUUACAAUAUUGUGUUUAGAAAUGUAACCACUUAGAAAAAAAUCCAAUUUAAUUAAAAAUAAAUUUUUAACUUGAGGAUUCUUUUGUCGCGUUGUGAGGGUAAGUUUGUUUUCUUUGCUUUGUGUACUAUCUGUAUGUAUAAUUUCUAAAAACUGUAUUUACUAUCUUUACAGCAGUUUGAAAUAUCAGCAGAUCUGCUCUGUCACUUUUAAGGGUGUGUGUUUUUGAUGUUUUGAGUAACAGAUAACUACUUACUUCCUACUGUGGUCUACAUUUUUAAACGCAAUUGUCGGAAAUUAUAUAAAAAAAAAUUGUUUUGAUAAUUGAAAUUAUCGCUUGAGAUUUUAACAUGUUUCGGUUAUAGAAAUCAUGAUGCUCAUUUUUGUUUCGUGGCUUGUUAUUUAUAUAUUUAUUGGGCGGCGGCGCGGCGUCGAUGAGCUUUAACGAAUUAACAUUAUUGUUGUCAUAAUAUCGUAAUGUAUAAUAAAGUAACAUAAUCAAAUUGUUUAA